UGUCGAGCCCAGACGUUGGAGCCAUCCAGCUUGGGGGCUACCGAGCAUUACCUAGGCACUAGGCUGCUAUCCCGCAUCUGUAUGUGAACACCAUCGACGCCGACGCCUCCUCUCAUUGCUCGCCUUUGACGCACGUUUCGCUGCCUUGUUGCCGUCAGCCAAUCAGGCUGCCCUCGCCGGACUUUACUCCAUGGCGUCCUCUUCCCUCGAAAGCGACUGCAACCUCGUCCUCUACCGACACCUUGUGCUGGCGACGGGCGCAAAGGACUGCCAAUGAUGCGGCGGUAAGCAGGCAGAGAGCAAAGCUUCAUCCGACAGCGGACCACAUGCAUGGAUGGGCCACCCGUGAAGCUCCAGAAUCCACCGACACCAUGCCCAUGACCUCGUCCGCUCCAUCAUGCAGUCCUCGCAGCAACCUGUUUCCAUCUUUGCAGGCCUCCUCACUGACCUCUUGACCUCCUUCAACACCCUCACAUCCCAGCUCUAUCAGAACAUCAUGUUUGUGCGACUCCGCGACGUGCUGCUCUUCGGCUCCGUCACCCAUCGGGUUGUGGCCCAGUCCAAUUGCUCCUCCCCAGCCACGACCUCCGUGGACUUGACGUGGCAUCCUCCGAAUGCCACUAAUAUCAACAACCUGGCAUUCGUUGUCAAUGGCACUGGCAUCAAUGGAUUCAUCUUCAACUCCUCCAUUACUCCCGCUUCGACCGCCUACAGCACGUACAACUGGUGCAACAUGCCGCACACGCGACGUCAAGAAUACCCCCGCAUUGCCCAGGGCUACACUUUGGAAUAUGUCGAGAUUAUUCAUCGUCACCACAAGCGCACGCCUUACGCGUCCAACACUUUCCCCCGCGAAUCCUACGCCUGGAAUUGUGACGACGAGGCCUUGUUCUUCUACGGCGCCCCAGAACCAGAUGGAUCCUCGGCCCAGAUCAACUGGCAAGUGUACACCUCCCCCUCCAAUCCCCUGGCCCCAGAGGGGUUUAAUGGGACUUGCCAAUUUCCUCAAAUCUCUGGAUCCGGCCUGAACGACUCUCGGCAACAUGGUCGCGAUCUCUUCGGGGUGUAUCAUGACUUGCUCGGCUUUCUACCGUCAUCCUAUAACUCGUCGCGAGUCAAGUACCGCGUCACAAACAAUGUCAUUACCUCCCAGGUCGCCGGUCAAGUCGUCGAGGGCGAGUAUUCGGGGCGCCGGAACGCCCCUCUUUCCGUACUCAUCCAGCCUGACAGUGUCGAUAGCCUGGAGCCGGCCUAUACCUGCUCCGCUGCCAGUGACCUCUAUGCCUCUUACGGCGUGGGCAGUGACGCCGCCAAUUGGACCCUGCACCUCAAUGACUCGGUCUCCUUGUUCGAGAAGCUGGAUUCCGUGAGCGGGGUCAACAGCAGCGAUCCCGACUGGCACAACUGGUUCGAUCACUACUUUGACAAUCUCUCCGCGCGUCUGUGCCACCAAAAGCCCCUGCCAUGCCAGAUCGGCAACUCGUCCAACUGCAUCACCGAGAGGGACGCCGAUGCCGUCUUCCGGCGCGGCCAGUACGAAUACUCGUUCAUUUACCGCGACAGUCCCUCGUCGCUCCCCGCAUCCACCGCGAGCUACGGCAUCUACAUGGCCGAGCUGGCGCAGAAUCUCCGCGACGCGAUCAACGGCACGUCCCCCGUCAUCUACAUGCACAACGUGGCGCACGACGGGUCUCUGUCCCGCCUGCUCAGCAUCCUGCAAGUCGACGUCAUGGUCUGGCCGGGCAUGGGGUCCGAGGUCGUGUUUGAACUCUACUCCAAGCAAGGGUGUUACUACCUGCGCGUGCUGUGGGGUGGCCAGGUGCUGCGGAGCUCGAACCCGAGUCUCGGCCUGAUGGACCUGAUACCUGUCCAGACAUUCCUGUCGUAUAUAGACGGUUUGGUCGGGGUGGGCGCGAGUCUGGUGCCCGGCCUGUGCGGAGGAGGUUCAUGAGAUUUUGAGAGAAACGAGGUCCAUCAAACGUCUAUACAAGUCACAAAAAUGCUAGAUGAUAGAAGCUGCCCGUAAGGGCCGAGCGAAAUAACGAAUCACCUGAACAGUGGCACAUGGCUGGAAGGGGAAUAUCCUCC